UCAUUCUACCCACUGCCCCACGCACGUAGCCCCACACAACUGGUUCUCACUCCUGUAUGAUAUUAUUCCUCUUCGUGUAUAGGGCAAGGAGGAAUAACAUCUUAUAGGAGUGAGGAAGAACCAGUUGUGAGUGUGGGGGAAGUUUGUGAGGCAGUAGGUAAAAUGAAAGGGGGUAAAGCAGCCGGGAUUGAUGGGAUAAAGAUAGAAAUGUUAAAAGCAGAAGCAGAUGCAAGAUGUUCCACAAUAUUUGCACACCAAAUAUUGCACACUUUGGAAAACAGUGUUUCCAAACCACCAAGGUUCUCAGGACUUCAUGUUUUCUAAUCCCAGGAAGUCGCCACUUUCACCAAGAACACACUUUUAAGACAGCCAAUGACUGUUCCAUUCACAGACUAGGCAAUAGUAGUAAUCAUUAUUUAUUUGAGAUAAAUCGUGAAAGACAAAAAUAUCGCAAACGCAGAUUCAGUUACAGAAAUCAAAUGGGUAUGCUAUGUGGAAUCAUGGGAACUGCUGCAGUCUUUGGCAUGGGUUCAGCACUGUGUGAAACCAAGGAUGAUGUAUCAGAUAAAGAUUUAUCAUUUAAUUCAGCAGCUGCUUUCACAAAACUUAAUGGCUCAUCUGAGGAAUUCUUGGAAAAUAAGAAUUCUGAUCAAAUAGGUCAAGAUGUUGUUGGCACAGAAAAAAUUUCCUCUGAAAAUCAGUCAUCCUCAAGUAGUGCAAAUUCUCAAGAAGUAAAAAUUACUAGUGUUGAAGAGAUUGUAAAGAAGUCUCGUAAACUUCUGAAACAUUGUAUGGAGGAGGGUGGAGCACCAGGCCUUACUAUAGCAGUGUCAGUGGAUGGCAAGACAGCUUGGGAGGAUGGCUUUGGAUUUGCUGACCUAGAAAACAAUGUUCGGUGUUCACCCAACACUGUAAUGCGCAUUGCCAGCAUCAGUAAAUCUUUAACUAUGGCAGUUGUAGCUAAACUGUGGGAAGAUGGGAAGCUGGAUCUUGAUGCUCCAAUCCAGAAAUACAUUCCAAGUUUCCCAGUCAAAACCUUUAAUGGUGAGGAGGUGACAAUAACUACGAGGCAUCUUAUAAGCCAUCAAUCUGGGAUAAGACAUUAUAAGUCGAGAGGGUCUGAUAAAAAGGAAAAGGAGGAAGAGAAAAAGAGGACAACUACAGUAUCAAAAAAUGAAAAUAUGAAAGGUAAAGAGGAUAAAGCAAACAAAUCACAAGAUAAAACUGCAAAUGUAAUGAAUACCAAAGAAACAAUUAGUGGCAGUAAAUCCUUAGACAAGAAGCAGAAUGAAAAUAUAGUAACUGAUGGUAUUACCACAGUAGCUAAUGGGAAAUCAACAGAACACAAUGGAAAAGCUAAAGAAAAGCCUUCUUCAACAAGGCAAUACAAAAAAGAGGAAGGAGAGUAUGAAUUUGGCAAGCAAGAAUACUACAUUAAGAAAGAGUAUGAAACUAUUCAGGAAGCACUUAUGCUGUUUCAGAAUGAUGACCUUCUCUUCAAACCUGGUUCCAGCUACUUGUAUACGACUCUUGGAUGGACGGUUGUGAGUGGUGUGGUGGAAGGUGCUGCUGGUAAACCAUUUACUCGAGUAAUAACUCGUCUCUUUUAUGAUCUAGGCCUUGAAAAUACAUACCUUGACAAAAAUGCACCUAUUAUUUAUAACAGAGCCAGGUACUAUGUUCGUGAUAAACUUGGGAAGUUGAAGAACGCCCCAUAUGUUGACAACUCCUAUAAAUGGGCUGGAGGUGGUUUCCUUUCUACUGUUCAGGACCUCAGCAAGUUUGGAAAUAUAAUGUUGUAUGCAAGUCAACAGGAAAGUGGUGAAGGUAUGCACAUGUCUUAAGACAGAGGCUUGUUA